AAAAUGAUGUUUACUGGAACUGUGACUGUACAAAAGAUGUCCAAUAAGCCAAGAGCAUAAGAGAGAGAGAGAGAAUCUCCUGUUGCAGUUUGCACGGUCUGAACAAGGAAAAAACUGCUGUACUGUUUUUAUUUGUAGGGUCAUGUUGCCCCACGGUGAGAGAGCUCGGAGUAUAAGUGGGCAUCCAGAGGGGCCAUAUCGGGCGGUAGAAUGUAUGGAUGCUCUCGCCCAACAGGGCUUUGAGGGUGUGGACACGCUGGACAAACUUUUCUUGCAUGCUGUUAAAAGAUUCGGUCAGGCACCAUGUCUGGGCACUCGAGAGGUCUUUAGUGAAGAAGAAGAAAUACAGCCUAAUGGGAAGAUCUUUAAGAAGUUGGUGCUGGGGGACUACAGCUGGAGGAGCUAUGAAGAGGUCAGCCAGACAGUAGAAUCAUUUGGCAGAGGUCUGGCAGCUUUGGGUCAACAGCCACGUAAUACAAUUGCCAUAUUCUGUGAGACACGGGCAGAAUGGAUGAUCACAGCACAGGCCUGCUUCAGAUGCAACUACCCAUUGGUAACACUGUAUGCUACUCUGGGAGAGGAUGCUGUAGUUUUUGGACUUAAUCAGUGUGGAGCCACUCAUCUGAUCACCAGCACAGAACUACUGCAGACCAAACUGAAGGGUGUUUUUAGUGCAGUGUCUGGGUUGCAGCAUGUUAUCUAUGCAGGCAGUGGAAGUGUAUGUCUGGCUGAUUACCCACAAUCCCUCACCAUCCAUAGUGUGGAGGAAGUAAUGGAACUGGGGUCGAAGCCAGAGAACUUAAAUGUAGAGUAUGAGAGGCCAGUUGCAUCUGAUCUUGCAGUGGUGAUGUACACAAGUGGAUCUACUGGGCUGCCCAAAGGAGUGAAGAUGCAGCACAGUAAUCUGAUUGCAGGACUGGCAGGUCAGUGCCAGAGGAUCCCAGGCCUUGGGUCACAGGACACAUAUAUAGCUUAUCUCCCAUUGGCUCAUGUGCUGGAGCUGACUGCAGAAAUAUCCUGUGUGUCAUAUGGCUGCAGGGUCGGGUACUCCUCCCCACUCACACUCACAGACCAGUCUAGUAAAAUAAAGAGUGGUGGUAAAGGAGAUUGCACUGUGCUUAAACCCACCCUCAUUGCUGCAGUACCGGAGAUCAUGGAUCGUAUCUUUAAAACUGUUCAUGGGAAGUUGAGUGAGAAGUCAUUGGUGCAGAGAACUCUGUUCAAAAUAGGAUACAAUUAUAAACUGCAGCAGGUGUUACGAGGAGCUGAUUCUCCAGUGUGUAACAUGUUGUUGUUUAAACAUGUGAAUGGGUUGCUGGGAGGGCGUGUGCGUCGGAUGUUAUGUGGAGGGGCUCCACUGUCCGCUUCCACACAGAGAUUUAUAAAUGUGUGUUUCUGCCCUGUGGCCGUGGGGUAUGGCCUCACAGAAACGUGUGGAGCAGGAACUAUCUCAGACUCUUCUGAUUACAGUACAGGACGAGUUGGAGCACCUCUCAUUUGCUCUGAAAUAAAACUGCGAGACUGGCCUGAGGGUGGAUACACAAGUCAGGACAAACCACACCCACGAGGGGAGAUUUUAUUUGGUGGGCCAAAUGUUGCAAUGGGAUACUAUGGGAGUGAGGGGGAGGGAGAGAAUGAAAACUUCUGGGUGGACGAGGCGGGGCAGCGCUGGUUUUGUACUGGAGAUGUUGGGGAAGUUCAUCCAGACGGUUGUUUGCAGAUUGUUGAUCGUAAGAAGGACCUGGUCAAGCUGCAGGCUGGUGAAUACGUGUCUCUGGGGAAGGUAGAAGCUGCCUUGAAAAACAGCCCCCUCAUUGAUAACAUCUGUGUCUAUGCCAGCAGUGAUCAGAACUACUUGAUCAGCUUUGUGGUGCCCAAUCAGAAGCAACUGACUGAGCUGGCCAAAAAGAAUGGUAUAGAGGAAGAGUGGGAGGAGCUUUGUAACCAUGCCAUGAUGGAGGAAGAAGUGCUAAAAGUCAUCAAAGAGAUUGCAGUCACCAGUAAACUGGAGAGGUUUGAAGUUCCCCAGAAGAUCCGGUUAAGUUCUGAUGUUUGGACUCCAGAAACAGGGCUUGUGACAGAUGCCUUCAAACUGAAGAGAAAAGAGCUGAAACAACAUUAUAUAAAGGACAUUGAUAGGUUAUAUGGAGCUAAAUGAUCAACAUGUACUAAACAUAGCCUGUAUCCCAAUUUGCAUACUAUCCAUCCUAUAAAGAAUGCCACAUAAAUGAUUUAUCCCAAAUCGUAGUACCGUGAAAAUAGUAUGUUAAAGAAGCACAGAUGUUAAACUGUUCAUGUUAUCUAACGUUAUACUCUUUUACAACAUACCUCAAAGUAUGAUCCUUUUAUACCUAGUAUGCCAAGUAUGCCAAUUGGGAUUAAAAAUCACAGAAAACCAGGCACGGAUUGUUCGGGAGUUUUCCCGGUGGGCCGCCACGCUAUGACAGCGACAACCCCCCAUUUUUGGGCUGGUUUCCCUUCCCAGUCCGCCCCUGCUGAAAACCAUGCUGAUCUCAGUAAUACAUAAGAUAUACCAUUCCGCCCCCUGCUGGAUGUAUAUGAUCAUUACUUCCUCUGUGAGUAAGGAAAAACUUGUAUGGAGCAUGUAUGUAAAGCUUUUUUAUUUAUCAUAUUUGUGUAUUUUUAAAGGUGCUUUUAAACAGAUUUUGCUAUUGAAAAUAUUUUGUUAAGUGUUCAACACGUAUGCGACCUUUACUUGAAAAAGUGUUUAGGAUAUAAUGUCUCACGUUUUUUUUUUGCUUGAUUGUUUAUUUGUUUGUUUUGACUCUGAGUUAGUGGUACGGUGGUGUUGAGUGUUCAUUUCUGAAGGCGAGACGAGUAGUAAUCACAUUACUCAAGAACUACAGAAAUAUGAAUGUGAACUGUGCAAACUAUGGAAUAUAAUAAUGAUGGAAUAAUUUAUGUUUACAUAGAAAAAUAAGAGUUUUAAAGUGCCAUACAAAAAUAUGAUUAUUGCACAGUAUGGACGUGAAAGGGAAGAUCGUUUUAGUCCUGUGUUUAUACAUUUAUUCUCUUAUAGAUAGGUGAACAUGAGAUGAGUCAUGGUCAAACAGACAAAGAAUGGGCACAUAGCAUCCCAUAUAGGCCUAUAUGUGUGUUAGAGAUAAAGAUGGGAAAAAUAUUUGUGCAUGUUUUGGUAUUUACAGUACUGUAUGGAUUUAUUGCUGUAAACUAUUACGUUAUGUCUCAGUUUAAACAUUUCUCGUCACAUUUGUAAUUGAGCUCAACAAAAUAAACGUCCAUUUAUUGCCCUAGAUAGGCCUAGACCAGGUACACCUCCCAGAUGUCUGUAGAUACUUUCACCUGGAAAGCAGCACAAUCUAAUUAAAGGCGUACGAUUUAUAAUAGUCCUUUACGAUUGUUGCUUGUCAGACUGAUAUGAACACACUGAUAUCGCCAUGGAUGUUGAGAUGUGCGGGAGGUAGCCUACAGUAAUAAUGAGCUACCACAAGCAAAUAUUCAUUGUGGAAAUAAAAAGACCUGUGGCCAGAAAAAUGACAAACUCAGGGCUUAAAGAUUUCCGGCUUGAGGGCAGGUGCGGCCUCCGGCGCAGGCAAAAUUUAUUAAUCAGGCUGCAAAUUACAGUCGGACGCACUUUCGGCGCGGACGCGCUUGGAAAAAACGAGUGCGCCGCUUCCAUUAUAAGCGCGCAUACUGCGCGGCUGCAUUUGAAACUGGGAACUUGAAUGCGGUUUAAUAUUUUCGAGUCAAUUGAUUUCACCUACCAAUCAUAUGAGAGGAGCGCAGCUCUAACU